UCUUUCAGCACUAAUAAUGGCUUCUCCGUCGCUUUCCUAUAUUUUGAUACUUUCUGUUUUGAUCGCGGUUUGUACUGCUAAAAGUACUGCUGAUAUCGAAAUUGUCGGACCAUGUGUGAAUAGUCACUGCCCACACACCUACGAAUGCCAGCGAGAUGAAUGUAUUCGAGAAAGACCAAAAGCCCGUCCGGGAACCGUCUCAAUUGGGCCGUGCAUCAACACCCAAUGUCCCGUCGGUCAUUUCUGUUUGAACGGCGAAAAUCAGUGCUAUCCGUCGAAAUAAUAUAUUUUUUUGUUGCAAAAUUUUAAAUAUAUGUAUUUGUAUAUAUAAAUCCAAAAGAUGUUC